AUGGUUGAAAAUCCAGAAAAUGUUAACACCCCACAUGAGGAAACCAAUCAUCGUUCAGGGAAAGAGCCCAUGGGCUCCAAAAUAUCUACCAACCCGCAAUCCAGAAGGACCACCUGUUCUAGGAGGGCUCAACCUGAGAGUGGUCACAGUGCACGGACCACACGUUCUCGAAGAACUCGAUCAAACGUUGGUCCUAGUAUGCGGACAACACGCUUGAGGAGAACUCAGCGUGGGAAUGGUCAGAACCACGGGACGAGGGAUGAAGAGCUCAAUCAUGGAGGUGCCCAAUCUGUGGGAGAAGUAGCUUAUGAAAUGGAAAACCGCCGCCUGAGACGUCGUCUGGGAAAGGCACAUCGAAACGCUGAGUUAGAGCGUGAUGCAGCCUCGACUAGGGCGGCACAGGGGACGAAUGCUCAAAAUCAACCUGAACCUGGAAGGUCACCUGCUAGAAAUCACCAACGUUCUUACCAAACCCAUAGAGCGAGGAAUCGUACAAACCCUGAUGGGGGAAAUACGACAAACCGCUCUUGGGACGAAAGAACAGAGCUUGAAGAAGCAAGUGUGACUUCGAGGCGGUCAAGAAUCCAUAGUCGAUCAACUCGAAGAGGAGAAAGUACUCAACGAACUAAUGAUCGAGAAAGUAUGGGAACCAGUAAAUCUGUGAGCCACUUAAAGACAAAGUCUAUGAGUAGGACGCGAUCUGUGAGUAAGACAAGAUCUGUCAGUAAUUACUCCCAACCGGAUCUGCAAGAGCACUUGAAUCAGAAGAAACCUGAACUUCACCAACAGCUUGGUCCAAAGCUAGAGGAUCCAAUCCAAUUGCGGAUAAAUAAACUGGAGGACAAGUUCAAGAGAUAUCAAGUGGGGGAAUUAGGGAAAUUAUCUGGAUACGACUCUGACGAGGAGCUUGAGCCGUGUCAUCCAAACAUAAUGAAUACCCAUUUUCCUUUGGGAUUCAAGAACCCGCAUGUCUCGUCAUAUGGCAGAACCCUAAUCCGGUCUCGCAUUUGA